AUGGAAACUGUCCAAGGAAACUCCCCAGUCCUUGCCCUGAGUCCAAGAGGGGCACUGGAGGAGAGACUGCCUAUAGGGGAUAAGCUGCCCUCCCAAUGCCCUGCCCUUCAGCAGGACUUUGGGGCUUGGUCAAGCUGUCCCUUGCUCUACCAUGAUAGUCCAACACCCAGAUGUGGCCGGUAUGAUUAUCUGAUGAAUGAUUACGUCAGUAAUACAUCAUUCCAGGGAAAUACCCCAAACUACUCAGAGGGAUGUGAUCCUGAAGAUGGAACUUACCUGGAGCAUCGUCAUCCCGUUCACAGCCAGGAGCUCCAGCCUAGCAUCGGGCUGUCCCUCGCGCCUACACGCCACGUGUGGCCGCUGAGGCUGCCAAGGACGCAGGGACCCUCAAAGGGAAGCCUCGCCCCUUUUGCCCCUGCCCCCCUCUGUAGGGGUGGCGGCGAGAGGGAGGAUGAGGCGGAGGCGGUGGCCCGGGCUAGACGCCACCGCAGGGGAGAGCCCCAGGCGUCAGUCUCCGCCUACGGGAUUCCGAACGGAGAGCUCGGAGAUGGGAUCACACUGGCAUUAUCAUCUACUGAGGAUGAUGGAGAGGAGCUUUGGUAUAAUAAAGCCUGUAAAUGUGAUUGUCAAGGCAGUUCCAAUUCAGUAUGGUCAACUGGAGCAAGCAGCUUGGGCUGUAUGCCAGAAUGCCCAUACCAUAAACCUUUGGGCUUUGAAUCAGGAGCUGUUACUCCAGACCAAAUCACUUGUUCCAAUCCAGAACAGUACAUAGGAUGGUAUUCUUCAUGGACAGCAAACAAGGCGCGUCUCAAUAGUCAAGGUUAUGGGUGUGCAUGGCUCUCCAAAUACCAGGACAUCAAUCAGUGGCUACAGAUAGACCUGAAAGAGAUCAAGGUGAUUUCAGGGAUCCUUACACAGGGACGCUGUGAUGCUGAUGAGUGGAUGACUAAAUACAGUGUACAGUACCGGACUUAUGAAGGUUCAAACUGGGUUUACUACAAGGAUCAGACUGGUAACAAUCGAGUGUUUUAUGGGAACUCAGACAGAACAUCCUCUGUCCAGAAUCUCCUAAGGCCUCCCAUUGUUUCCCGUUACAUCCGUUUAAUUCCCUUGGGCUGGCAUGUGAGGAUCGCCAUCAGGAUGGAGCUGUUGGAGUGCAUGAGUAAAUGUGUUUAG